AUGGUGCACCGAGACCUGAAGCCAAAGAACAUCAUGCUGGAUGACAAAGGUCACAUUAAACUUAUCGAUUUUGGCUUCAGCACCUGGGUCACACCAGGCCAUAGACUGAAGGAGUCCUGGGGCACUCUCUCACACAUUGCCCCUGAAAUUAUCCAGAGGCGAACAUAUGAGGGCCCCCCAGUGGACAUCUGGAGCCUGGGCGUCAUUUUGUAUUUUAUGUUGACAGGGGAGCUCCCAUUUAUGGGAUCCACCCGUAAGGAGACGAUACGGCAGAUCGUGCUGGGAUUGUACCGUGACCCUCCCCAUGUUUCUCUGGCAGCACGGAUGCUCAUUUACCAAAUGCUGACCCUGGACCCCAGGAAGCGGCCCACAGCCAAGCAGAUCCUUCAGCACAUAUGGCUGAUGCAGGGUGAGCGGCAUUUACCCCCUCAUUAUCAUGAGGCACUCCUCAAACASCCAGACCCCGAAAUACUGACCAUAAUGUUUGAUAUGGGUUAUGAUCUACGCAAGACCUGGAUGUCCCUGGCCAAGAGAAAGUUCAAUGGAGCCAUGGCUACCUACCUUCUGCUCCAGCACCAGAAAAGCCAGGGGCAGGGCUUCAUGUUCCAGGGGAAGCCUGUGCCUCCCUUGGUUCAGCUUCAGCCAUGCUCCCUGGAUCAUUCCCAUUCCCUUGUCCUCCCAAUAAGGAGCCCCAGUGAGCCUGUCCUUCGCACCUUCUCCUUGCCCUGUGAGCUUCCUCUGCCUGAGGAGGCCAAAUGCUCAGGGCAGAAGCACAUCAGGACGGCCAGCCAGCCGCCUAUUCACUUCCACUUCCCGCCUGCAAGAACCCCCACACCUGGGUUAGCCUCCCAGUCUGACUCUGGGCAACUCCACGCCAGCAGAAAGCUCUGGAAGAGGGUAACUAGGGGGAUUGCUACCUGUGUCCGACAAUUGUGCUGUUGCAUACCACGUGUCAGCAAUGGGGUGGCUCCAAUGUAA